ACUUCAGUCCAAGUAUUUCUCCCGCAGAAUCCCGCCGGAGCCAGCGUCGAACGAAGCCAAGCCGUGCGGUCUAGUUUUUUUUUUUUUUGUUUCUCGUUGCAGGCAUUCUUAGUCGCCUACGCCGCUAAUUAUCGAUCGAUUGAUUACUGAAAUACCUCAUCAUCCUUUUCUGAAUCUUCACGUUGGAAAUGGAUGACGAUAUCUCUAAUUCGAUACGCCGUUCAUCGACCCGAACUCGUAAGGUCGCCACCAAAAUGGUCGCAGCGCUUACAAACAGUGAUAAUCGAACGCAGGCGGCCCUGGCUCGUCUUGAAGCACUAGAGAGCGACAACGCAGGAAGAGAAGUUGUCGAAGUUGUCGAUGAUGACGAGGCUUCUCUUGAUGACGAUGAACAAUCAUACGCAAAGCAUUCAAAAGGAACAAAACGUAAAACACGUCAAGCAAAAGCACUCGAGAAUGCUAAGAAGGCCCCUAGAUCGUUCCUGGAACUUCUGCACGAGGCAAACCUUGAAGCUUUACCUCCCAAUGUUCCAUCCUAUUUGAGAGCAGCAGUAGGACCACCUAACUCCACCUCUCGUCGCCAUUUUUGCACUGUAUGUGGGUUCUCUGCAAACUAUACUUGUGUAAGAUGUGCGGUGCGCUUCUGCUCAAUUCGGUGCCAGAAUAUCCAUAAUGAUACUCGCUGCCAGAAAUUUGUUGCUUAGUGGUAAUACUUACUAGGCUGAAUCUUGACUCAGAGAUCUUAUUAGCAACGAGGCAGAUCUGUUGGAGGAGGCUCAACAGUCUGUAGCUUGCCGACUCCAUUUUCUACAAUGAAUGCCAUGGCCAAGCCCCAAGGAAGAUGAGUGUCUAUAUGACAGUGCAUCAACCACACCCCUGUUUUGACAAGUCAAAAUUCUUAGAAUCGAUUAAAGAGAAUACUCAAGCUCUAUGAUAUAUAGAUAUAGGCAUUUUGCUACCUGGGUUAUCUGCUACGAAUCGGAUCACUGCCCACCCACCAACGGGAACGUCGAUUGUGUUCCUAAGAGGUGGAUCAUCAAGGUUAAACUUCGUUGCAUCCCUUUGUGGAUUGAAGUUUCCAAAACCUUGCCCAACAACAUAGAAAUCGUAACCAUGAAGAUGUAUGGGAUGAUCCUCAGUUGAGAAGAUGGAUGUGUCUUGCAGAACAAUUUGCACACUGGAACCAAACUUCAUCUUAUGGAGUUUAGUUCCGAAAAUAGGCUGCCACAAGGCCCGACUCACAUUACCUGUGUAAUUGAAUUGGGUGAGUGGAACUGGAGGAAAAUCUGUUGUGUAUACUCCUUGAAUGUUCUGAUAGUAUGCCUGUAACAGUGAAAUUGUAUUUGGUAAGACAAAGGACACGUUGUUCAUGCUGGCUGCAAAUCGCGUGUUGUUUGGGCCUUGGCACCUGGGACCAGGAUUACAGUUGACAAAACCGAACCCAACUGUGAAGAAUAGGUCUUCAUCUAUUUCUUGUGGGACCUUAGCUGUGGAUGGACUUCUGAAUUGUGCCUGGAAUGCAGUCACAGUGGCUGUGUCAUUAUAGGCUGGGAGGCGGGGCAGGAGUGGCCUUGAAUUUGAUGCAGUCCCUUUUCCAGAUGAUUUGUAUUCAAGGAUAGCAGUGGUGGUGGUGUUGUCAAAUGGUGCAUUUUGUGCAGUUGCAUAUGCUCUGGCUGCCAUGUAGUAUUGGCCUGGGGCCUGAUUAGCAGUUAGAAGAACGUUGGUUGUCUGGCCUGGACCCAGCAUUAUGAUGUUAGUCGUGAAGGGCUUUGUAUAGGAGGCAUCAGCUUCAACAACUGUCAGCAUGUGGUUAGCUACAGAAAAGAAGAGCUGUUGAUUGAGUGCAGCAUUGAUGACUCUCAGCAUAAUUUUCUCGCCAGAGUUCACUGGAAAUCUCUCAGUGCCUGCAUCAUUUUCAGCAAUUUGUUGCUAUACAAUCUAUUGGAUGGAUGAAGAUAAAGGUAUUAUUAUACAGAAUGCCCUUUGUCCACUUUAAUUAUCUGUCCUUCUUAGCUGUUAAGCCUAUUAUUAGUGAUAUUUUCUGUCCUCUUAACUGAUUUUCUUUUUUAAGUUUUCCUGGUAUGUAUUAGCUAAUGAUAUGUUUAUUGACAAAUUGCAAACCUUGACUGGAGCAUGGGUACAAGUCACCGGGUUGACCGUUAAUGGUGUAUGCAUCAGACACAUUAGGUGCUGCCCCUGAGAAAAGUGCUUGAUUCAACACACUUAUAGGAUCCCUGUUCCACCAUUCACCUGUUUCAUCACCAAACUUUCAUAAAUUGUUACUAAUACUCUAUCUAAAGAUCUUGAAUGAUACAGUUCAUUUGAUGUAGUUUAUUUUUGGAAAUAAUCCAAUUUCCUUUGG